CCGGCGGCUGCGCCGGCGACUCCGCAGCCCAAGCGCUUUCGGUGGGGCGGUCGGGCGAGGGAGCGCAAGACAGAGAUCCGGACGGAAGGACCGACGGACGGACGCCCCCGCACACGCAGACGCACGGAGCUGGACUCGGCCCCCGUCUCACACACACGCGCGCACACUCACACACACGCACACGGGGACACACGCACACUCGCGCGCGCUCAGCCUCCCGCCAGCCUGCCAGCCCGCUCCCCGGCACCCGAAGCCCGCUCUGGCCGUUUGCUUUUUGCUGAGAAAAUUUCCUGACCUGGCCCCAGAUGGCACCUCUCCUGACCUGGACACCUUGGGAAUGAAGUUUGAGGGAGCUAGGAGUGAGAGAGAGAACCACGCAACUGAUGACUCCAAGGAAGGGGCCCUGGAAAUGGGCUGCAGCAAGAGGCUGCCGGGUCUCCCCCAGCAGCCGGUAGCAAUGGAGGGGUUGGACAAGGCCGAAGAACUCCCCGACAAGCCGAGAGAGAUGCCACCACCCCCACUGCCCUCACCACCCUCAGAGCCUGCUCAGAAGCCACCACCUCCAGGCGGGAGCCACUCCCUCACCAUAAGGAGCAGCCUGUGCCUGUUCGCUGCCUCUCAGUUCCUGCUUGCCUGUGGGGUGCUCUGGCUCAGCGGCCAUGGCCACACCUGGCUGCAGAAUGCCACAGACCUUAUCUCCUCUUCGCUCACACUACUGAACCAGCUGGAACCUGAGGGCUGGCUGGACGCUGGAACUUGGGGGAUUCCCAGUCUGCUGCUGGUCUCUCUGUCUGUGGGCCUGGUCCUCAGUACUACCCUGGUGUGGCAUCUCCUGAAGACCUCCUCAGAACCACCCACCCCACUGCCAGCAGAGGACAGACGCCAGUCAGUGAGCCGCCAGCCCUCCUUCACCUACUCAGAGUGGAUGGAGGAGAAGGUCGAGGAUGACUUCCUGGACCUGGACCCUGUGCCUGAGACACCUGUGUUUGACUGUGUGAUGGACAUCAAACCUGAGGCCGACCCUGCCUCAUUGACCGUCAAAUCCAUGGGUCUGCAGGAGAGGAGGGGUUCUAAUGUCUCCCUGACCCUGGACAUGUGCACUCCAGGCUGCAACGAGGAGGGCUUCGGCCACCUCGUGUCCCCACGUGAGGAAUCGGCCCACGAGUACCUGCUCAGCGCCUCCCGUGUCCUCCAAGCUGAGGAGCUGCACGAGAAGGCCCUGGACCCCUUCCUGCUGCAAGCUGAAUUCUUUGAAAUCCCCAUGAACUUUGUGGAUCCGAAAGAAUAUGACAUCCCUGGGCUAGUGCGAAAGAACCGGUACAAAACCAUCCUGCCCAAUCCUCACAGCAGAGUAUGCCUGACCUCACCAGAUUCUGAUGACCCUCUGAGUAGCUACAUCAAUGCCAACUACAUCCGGGGCUAUGGUGGGGCAGAGAAGGUAUACAUUGCCACGCAGGGACCCAUUGUCAGCACAGUGGCCGACUUCUGGCGCAUGGUAUGGCAGGAGCACACACCCAUCAUUGUCAUGAUCACCAACAUCGAGGAGAUGAAUGAGAAAUGCACCGAGUAUUGGCCAGAGGAGCAGGUGGUGUAUGAUGGCCUGGAGAUCACUGUGUGCAAAGUUAUUCACACGGAGGAUUAUCGGCUGCGACUCAUCUCCCUCAGGAAUGGAACUGAAGAACGAGGCCUGAAGCAUUACUGGUUCACAUCUUGGCCUGACCAGAAGACCCCAGACCGGGCCCCUCCGCUCCUGCACCUGGUACGGGAAGUGGAGGAGGCAGCCCAGCAGGAGGGGCCCCACUGUGCCCCCAUCAUUGUCCACUGCAGUGCAGGGAUUGGAAGGACCGGCUGCUUCAUUGCCACCAGCAUCUGCUGCCAGCAGCUGCAGCAUGAGGGCGUAGUGGACAUCCUGAAGACCACGUGCCAGCUCCGUCAGGACAGGGGUGGCAUGAUCCAGACAUGUGAGCAGUACCAGUUUGUGCACCACGCCAUGAGCCUCUAUGAGAAGCAGCUGUCCCGCAAGUCCCCAGAGUGACCACGCUCCUCCUCUUGAGGUCCUCUGGGCACUGCCCCACCUGAGUCUGGGUCCUCAAUCUAGCCACCUCCAGGGCCGGGCUUUGGACUCUGGGCCUGUUCCAAUCCCUGCUCCAUCCUCCUCCUCCUCUUCAGUCUGCUCCCUCCUUCCUCUGUUAGCCUGGCCUAGCCCCCUCCCCCCAACCCAGAUCUUCCUACUGUAUAUAUUGGGGAGUUGAGGGAGGCAAGGGAGGGAUGUGCCAGGCCAGGCCUGAGGCCCCAGGGCCUGACCCACACCUCGCAGACCUGGGGCCUCAUUUUUAACCAUGGUUCCAUUGCUGUUUGAUCCAAAAUGUUUCUAUGCCGCAUCCAAGUGUCCUGCCACAAUGUGUCUGCCCGUCCAUCUCUGCUGUCUAUACCGGACACUGUGUCUC